AUGCUGAGUACAUGUACAGGUACUAGCAGCAACAAGAAGAGCCAAGCCAAGUCUUCCAUCAACAGCAACACCGACAGCACCGCCACUUCUUCUACCGCUACCACAGUUACUGCUGCUUCUAGUGCUACCGAUAGCAAGGUUAAUCCCGCAGGCCUAAGUGCAGGCUCUGUCUCGAGUUGGACCAUGGCGCCUCGCAACCUCGAUGACCGCACGAAUACGGCUGGUAGUACUGGUACUGAGAGCACGUCCGGCAAGGUUCGACCAGGCUUGGACGCCGCGAUGGAUGCUUCUCAUGCUUCUCAAGCGUCUCUGUCAGCCCGUAGUCUCAUCAUGGACGUCGACGCUUCGGAAAGACCCAGCUUGUUGAAGACUUGGGUCGGGCCCAAAAGCUCCAGCUCGCUCAAAAUCCCCAACCUUAAUGGGAAAAAUAGGAGAAACACGACCCCUAAUUCCAAACGAAGCGUCCGAAACUCGUUGUAUCGCACCAACACGAACACGAACGCCACCAAUGCUGCAGGAACCUCAAAUGGUCCGAAAACUGCAACGAACAGCCGUAAUAGCAUACUAUAUGGUCAAUCACCCACACAAACACAAACACGAACACGAACACAAACACCGACAUCACCCAGGUCCAGGUCACCCUCACUAGCAGUCACUGGUGUCCCACCGAACGACCGAUACGACUUGGCACCGCCUCUCAAUCAAAACUCACCAAGUGAACCACACCCUGCCACCAACAAUGCAGGCACCGGUACCGGUAUGCAUAGGAGAAGUCACAGAGCGCCCAUGGACAGGUCGGGAUCGACUAGAAUCGUAGAUGCCAUCAGAAGCAGUAGCAUCACAGAUUCAAUGAACGAAACAGAAGAAGACCUAGAAGCGGUCGGCAGGUUCUUAAGGAGAGGGGCUCUCGCGGGAUGGACCAUAUGGAUUGUACUCAUGUUCGUUACAAUGCGAUUCUUACCGGCGCACACUUUCGCUGACCUGGAUCUACACGAAAAACGAUCGUGCUGGAUCAUGGUCACUGUACUUUUCGUCACGAAUGGAUCCAGGUUGCUGCCAUUGGCGUUUCAGCACAAUGGAGUUGAGUUCCUCAAGUCAGGAAUCAUCACCGGCACAUUCAGUGUACAGUGCAUGGCGCUUCUUUCAAACUUACUUAUGGCCACUAUGCCAACUCCUGUCAUGAUCGAUACCAUCAGUGGUGUACGGAUACACAUGGUCCGAUAUGCCACCUGGGUGCCGCUCUGCUUCCUCAUGACCUUUGUCACUGAAGCCAUUGACGUUCCCAUUCAGGAACAACACGGAAAUAUCGCUUGGCUUCAUGCCAUCGCACUUGCAUUGUCAACCUUUGCUGGAUACCUAUUCCCAUUUUGCACUUCAAAACUUGCAUGGGGCACAAACAUGGCAGUCUCCUGGAUGCUCUUCUCUACUCUCUACUGGAGACUCUACCAACGAUACCAAAGAUUCCAAGCACUCAAACUUCAAGAAGACCAGGCAUUGCUACAAGCUAAACAAAGAAGACGCAAUUACUCACAUCGAUCCAUAAACGUGCUCAAAGAACAGGUCACCAGAGCGCGAUACUCGUUUCAAAUCAUGGUCAUGUGCUCUAUCUCGUGGACGGGUAUUGCUGUCGCAUUUUCACUCGAAUGCAUCCUUCCGGCUUACAUGCAGUCGUCCCGAAACAGUUUUGUCGGUUCACCAGAGUUUGCCAUGAUAUCAGGACAUGUUCUCGAAUCCAUCAGUAAGAUAUGGUAUCUCAGUCUUCUCCUGAAUGUUUAUGACAGGAUCUUUGAUGAAUCCAAUCGAGCAGUUCGGCGUCUCGAAGAACUCAGAACGCUCAUGUCCGCUCUUUGGGAAGCUUCCAGCGACAUUAUGGUCAUUUGUGCAAGAACCGAAAGAUCCAUACACGCCGUCAUUUCGCCGAGUGCAUUGCUACAACCAACAUCUCUAACAGACACUGAAGCAAACAUGCAUCAUCCAUCGUACAGUGAUAGCCGCAAAGACUCGCUCUCAAUCAUGCUCGAAAUAUCUCCUCAUAUGGGCACAUUCUGUUCCUUUCCCGUAGAUUUGAGCAAACCAGUCACCAAGGUCGACGCCGGCAGCAUACGACAGGCCAGAGACAACUUUGUUCGUGACAAACAUUUCGGGAGGCUCGAUGGACAUCCUCAUCUCCUCGACGGAACGGCGGUCGAAAAGAAUAUGACCACCAUUGCACACCUGGCUUGGCAGAUUUGUGAGCAAGAGGGGUUGCAAGAAGAGGAUGAUCACAUCCACAAUCCCGAUUCCUCCUUCUCGUCCAUGUCCCGCCGAAAUCACACACCUUCCGUCCUCAGCGGAGAUAAUACAGCCAACGAAGAGUCCUGGACUCUGCAGGAGCUCUUUGCCACCAACGACGAGGGAGAUGAUGCAAGAGUCAAGUGCGAAGCCAAAGUCACGCACAUUGAUGCCGGGGCAAUUUUGCUGGUUCUGAGAGAUGUCUCGGAGCGCUACCAACGAUUUGAAAUCGAAAAGCAGUUAUUGGAAGAAGUCAUUGUACGGAAAAAAGACGCUGAAGCAAUCCGCUUUACUCGACACGAGGUAAAAAAUGGCCUUUUAGCCGCCAUUGGCCUUGUGGAUUCCUUCCGCGAAGCCUACGAAAAGCAACGGACGCAAUUGCUGGAGUUGCAAGAAUGGAAACGCCAACAAUUGGAAAAGGAAUCUGCUCAGCAACAGAAAGAGCAACAGGGAAAACCGCCACUGGCGUCGAAUUCUCUCUUCCAAAUACCUGUUCCGCAGCAGAAAGAGCAAGACGAAAAGGCGCCACAGGCGACGAAUUCUCUCUUCCAAAUACCUGCUCAGCAACAGAAGGAGCAACCGGAAAAACCUCCACAGACGACGAAUUCUCUCUUCCAAAUACCGGCAGCGACCAAGCCAACACCAACAAUCACAACAAACCAGAACCAAGAAGCACAUUCGUCUGUCGAGGACCUGGAUACGUAUAUGAACGACUUGGAUGAUACGUUGAGGCUAGUUCUGGAUUCGAUUCUGGACAAUGCAAUGAUUCGAGAAGUCUUGUUCGAGGGCUACGUGCCAAGAAGGGAGUCCGUUGAAAUCCCGCAGCUACUCAAGGCAUCUCUUACUACCCGCAAUUCCUCCGCUGGCGGCUCGACUGACACAAAGAAGGGGAAGCGCAAAUUUCCAAUGGAAGUGAAUCCUGAGCAAUUUCCUCAUCUGAGCAUUGAUCCACAGCUGGUACGCAGCAUUUAUCAACACGCCAUUUCCAACGCUUGUAAAUAUGGGAAGGUCAUGGGGGAUGUCAAGACUUCGCUGAAGUUUGAUUAUUCGACAAAGACAUUUACGAUGGAAAUUUUCAAUCUGCCGGGAUACAAACACGAGGCGCUGCUCAACUUAUCGCAAGACGAGAUCGAAGACGUCUUUAUCGAGGGGACUCAACUUCCGGCCAACCAGUGCCUGGAAACGGAUGAAGGGAAACUCGCUUCUGCGAGAAGUGCAGGCGAUGGCGCUUGGAUUAUGAGAAAGGUGGCCCAAUGUCUUGGAGGUAUCUGUUCGAUUCGAUUUGAUGCUCCUGGGACAACCUUUUCUUUCAGUUGUCCGGCAUCAGUGUGCGAGACUUGGCUGGAGAAGCACCAGAUCAGCAAAAAAGAGAGAGGACAAUUCGCCUUGCCGGAAAACACGUGGGCGGUUGCGGUAGAGGAUUCGGCGAUGCAGCGAAAGCUGCUGGAUCGUUUCCUGAAAAAGGCGGGUGUCUCAUCAGAUCGUUGUGUUUCGUUGGGCAAGGACGCCGAAGAGAUCGUAAACUUCACAGAUCGUAUUCGACAGCUUCUGGAGGACAACCCCGACGACAAGUUUUUGUUCAUUAUUGACGAGAACCUUGAUAUCGUGGAAGGGGGUGUUGUGACGAAGACAGUAUCCGGUUCUUUUUCGAUUCAACAACUCCUGCUCUCCCUUUCACCGGUCGACGACGCACGGGUGCUGGCAUUGAUCCGUAGUGCGAACGAUUCAGUCCAAGAGGUAGAGUUAUAUCAGGCGCGAGCUCACGGGUUUUUGUUGAAGGGUCCAAUGAAGAAAGGUGGUCUUUUGGACGAGAUCAAGCCCUGGUGGAUUCGUCGUUUCCAGUCUCCUUCCCGAGGUCUGAACGCGAGUGGGAAUAUGUCUGGCGACUCCUUUUCUCGUCAAAAGUCGUCCGACCAUCUGUUUGAAGACAUGUCAGCCUCGGCGCACCCUGACGACUAUUUGGGUUUGACCCGAGAACGCAUUUUGGAUCUUGUGAAAGAAGUGGACGUGUUGUGCGAUGUGGAUGACGCGAAUGAGGAGUCCAACUCUUCCGUGAGCAGUCACGAGGACGACUAUUCCGCGGACGACACGAGCACUGAUUUAGGUUUGCUUGCUCCUCGUCCUCAUUUGCAACGUCGUACCAGUCGGUUUAUGGAUUGGCAGUCAAUCCGUUACAAGCUGAUGCUUUUGAAUGUGGAUUUGAAGUCGAAUUUGUCGGUUGACAAUUUUGCUCUUGCGGCGAAAUCGAUUGACGAGAUUACGAACAGUUCGACGAGCAGUUUCUUGCCUCAAGAUUUGCGGAAUCGUUGGCUCGAGAUCCGAGCCUUGAUUUUCAAGGAACUGCUUCCGGAUAUGAGUGUGUCUCGUAAGGAGCGGUCGGCUUGA